UAACUGCGAAUUAAAGCUGAAUGCUCCAUUAGGGUUUCAGAAGAAUCAGCCGAGGCAGCAUCGACGUAAGAAGAACCCAAGUAACGUCAUCUGUUCAACUUCACCCAUCCCUAACGCGUUACACGAGAAAAUGGGAAGAGAGAUGGAGCCUCAGAAGCCGCAACAGCACCAGCAAGUCGCAUACACAGUUGAGCAGCUUGUGGCCGUUAACCCCUACAAUCCGGAUAUCCUUCCCGAUCUUGAAAACUACGUCAAUGAACAGGUUGCUUCACAAACUUAUAGACUGGAUGCCAAUCUUUGCCUUCUUCGUCUCUAUCAGUUUGAGCCAGCAAGAAUGAGUGCCCAAAUUGUUGCUCGUAUUUUGGUUAAGGCACUCAUGGCUAUCCCAGCUCCAGAUUUCAGCCUGUGUCUCUUCUUAAUUCCAGAAAGAGUGCAAAUGGAGGAACAGAUCAAAACGUUGAUUGUUCUCUCGCACUAUUUGGAGUCAGGAAGAUUUCGUGAAUUUUGGGAUGAAGCAGCUAAGAGUCGCCAUAUUGUUGAAUCUGUGCCAGGUUUUGAGCAAGCAAUCCAAGCAUAUGCUAUUCAUGUUCUUUCCUUGACUUAUCAGAAGGUCUCAAGAAAUGUACUUGCUGAGGCUAUCAACAUCGAAGGACUAUCCCUAGAUAAAUUCCUCGAGCAACAGGUGGCCAAUUGUGGUUGGAUUCUAGAGAAGAGUCACGGGAAGGGCCAACUUAUUGUGAUCCCUCCCAAUGAAUUCAACCAUCCGGACCUGAAGAAGAACUCCGCAGAUGUUCUUCCAUUGGAGCAUAUCACCCGUAUCUUCCCUAUCCUUGGCUGAUAGCUUUUGGUGUCUGCAAAGUUUUGAAGAUUCUGUGCUCUGAGCUGCUUCGUUUUCGGAGUUUAAAUUAUUUUAGUUGCCUUGCCUUUGCUUGGAUUAUCGGGUCUGGAGAAAUGCUACUUUGUUGGUUUUUGGUGUUUUACCUUCAGAUUUAGAAUUGUUGCCCAUUUGCCUUUUUUAGUCUCUUUAAUUUGGGCCUACUCGCUGCCCAAGCCCCA